AUGGAGAAUGAGGCCUCACAACUUGCAAGGGACACUGAGAAUGAUCUAAGACAUGAUGGGGAAAUAGGAGAUGUAAACAGAGAUGACAAAGUGGCGAACGACAUCUAUGCUAAAGAGGUUAAUGGUGAAGAUGAAGACGAGGUUGUUGAUCGAUAUGAACAUGAGAUUGAGCAAUCAGUUGCUGAUUUUGUUGAUGAGGAGUUCAUUGGUCGCAUGACAAUUCCAGAAAGCUCAGAUGAAGAAGAGGACGAGUUUGUUGCAAGAGAUAGAAGGAUGAAAAACAAGUCUUUUGACAGAUUGUCUAUUGGAACAACUUUCUACUCAGGUUUCGAGUUCAAAGAGGCUGUAUUAGAGUAUGCUUUGAGUAAGGCGAGAAACAUUGUGCAAAACAGAUGGGAUAAGACAAAGCUUAGUUUUAAGUGUGGUAUUGGAGGUAAAUGUAAAUGGAGGGUUUACUGCUCAUAUGAUAAGCCGCGACAGUGUUGGUUGGUGAAAACAAGAUACAAGUACCAUAGUUGUACUCCUAACGGGAAGUGCAAGCUUUUGAAAAGUCCUGUAAUAGCAAGGAUUUUUCUGGAUAAACUGAGAGAAGACAGUGGUCUGAUGCCAGAAAAAAUCCAAGAGCAGAUUAAGGAUAUUUGGAAACUAGUUGCAUCAAGAAAUCAGUGCCAGAGAGGAAGACUGCUUGCUUUGAAAUGGCUGGAAAAAGAGUAUGCAGACCAAUUUGCUCAUCUCCGAGGUUAUGUGAGAGAGAUCGAGAAGACAAACCCAGGUAGUAUUGUUGUGCUCGAUACGUCUCGCAAUGCUGCGGGUAAGGAUGUUUUUGAUCGCUUUUACGUAUGUUUUGAGAAACUUAGAAGUUCAUGGAGAGGGUAUUGUCGGCCAAUCAUAGGGUUAGAUGGAACUUUUUUAAAAUCUGAGGUAAAAGGGAUAUUGCUUACUGCUGUUGGUCGUGAUGCAAAUAAUCAGAUUUAUCCGGUUGCUUGGGCUGUAGUACAAACAGAAAACUCGGAUAACUGGUUGUGGUUUGUUCAACGGCUGAAGGCUGAUUUAGUUCUCGGUGAUGGGAGCAGAUUUGUUCUUAUUUCUGAUGGCUCAAAGGGUCUGAUCAGUGCAGUGAAGGCUGAAUUACCUAAUGCAGAGCACAGACGAUGUGUUAAACAUAUUGUGGACAAUUUAAAGAAAAAGCAUAAGAACAAGGAUUUUCUGAAACCAAUGGUUUGGAAUCUAGCAUGGGCCUACAAUAAGACACAGUACAAGGCAGAACUCCAGAAUCUGAAAGACUACAACAUGUCUUUGUAUGACGACGUGAUGAAGAAGGAACCAAAAACUUGGUCGUUGGCAUAUUAUAGGCUUGGAAGCUUAUCUGAGGAUGUCGACAACAAUGCAACUGAGUCAUUUAAUGCCACCAUUCUUGCAGCAAGAGCCAAGGCAAUUGUGCCUAUGUUGGAAACUAUUAGAAGGCAAGCAAUGGUUAGAAUAGCUAAAAGAAAUAAGAAAUCUGAGAGGCGCGCAGAGAAAUUCACAAAAUAUGUGGUUAAGAUGCUUGAAUCGGAGAAGGAAGACGCUGAAAAGUGUAUAACGACUCCUUGUACUCAUGGAGUUUUUGAGGAUGUUGGAACUGUUACAGAACCAGAGUUCGUUGCUUUAGCGCAGCCAUCACAGGCACGCAUAAACUAA